CUCUGAUCUCUUCUGCAGCUCUCGUUGGAUUCUCAUGGCGAGGCCAGAGAUGGAUUACAUUCUCGUCCCUCUAGGCCUGAUAAUAAUGGUCGGCUAUCACCUAUGGCUUCUUCUCUACAUCUUCCGCCGCCCCACCAUGACCGUCAUCGGCAUCAACGCCAUCAACCGCCGCAUAUGGGUUCAAGCCAUGAUGGAGGACCCCAUAAAGAGCGGAGUUUUAGCGGUCCAAACCCUAAGGAACAACAUCAUGGCAUCAGCACUAAUGGCCUCAGCCUCCGUCAUGCUCUGCUCUCUGCUCGCCAUCCUUAUCAACAACAGCAACAGUGGCGGCGGUGUGCAGACUGAUCAUGAACGGCUUGCCGGAACAAAGUUCUUCUCCAUCCUCUUGUGUUUUCUGGUAGCCUUUCUGCUGAACGUGCAGUCGGUGAGAUAUUAUAGCCAUGCAAGCGUUAUGAUAAACGUGCCGGAGAAGUGGGAGAGGGGGAGGAGAAGAAGGCCGGAUUAUGUGGCGAGUUUGCUUGACAGAGGGACUUACUGCUGGUCGCUGGGGCUCAGAGCUUGUUAUUUCUCCUUUCCUCUGUUUUUGUGGAUUUUUAGUGCGGUGGCUAUGGUGGCUUGUUGUGUUGCUAUGGUUGUGGUGUUGUAUUUUCUUGAUGUUUAUAUGGAUUGGGGUGAAGGUGAGGAGGAGGAGGGGGUUGGUGGUGUUUGA